UUUUAAUGUUAACUUAACUGUGAAUAUAAAUUAUUUUAGGAAUUCAUUUUAGAAAGCACAUUUAUAUCCUAUUUCAAUACAAUGAAACAUUUUUAUGAUUUCAUUAUUGAUCAUAUGAAACAGUCUAUUCCUCUUCCACUUGAUAAUUACAUGUGUUGUUACUAUACUUUUUUUCUUUUUUCCCCAUUUUUGUCCUUGUUAUUUUAAGGUUUUCCCCUCAUGCUCUGGCUCUUGGUGUUCACCCCUCACAUCAUUGGGGACCUUCAUUUCUCAGCCCUGCCUUCUAUACUUCAUAAACCAUGAUGUUUUUAUUCUCUCCUCUUUGACUGUGCCUUGAUGUUUAGCGCUCGGACCGUCAGUGAACUUAUGUUCUGUCUGGAGACGGCGAGUCCAUGACAACAGCCGCGUGGUCCCUGCUAAUCAGUGUUUGGUUUUGGUGUCAGAGCCAGUGUACACAGCAGACUCUUGUUUGUUCUGGUUUAUUUUGCUGGCUGGAGCCCAGUGUUCCGCUGGCCUCCUCGCUGAGGCAGAUAAACCGGGGUCAGUGGGCCUGCAGGCCGCUCUUGUGUGUCAUCCUCGACGGCAUUAAACUGGUCCUGGUGUGGAGCGUCCCGCCGGGUCCGACUCACCCCCCCUCGCUCGGGUCUUCACCCCGACACUCUCGUGAGCAGCUCAUGUUUCUCCUCCGGUUGUAAAUCUGUCAUGUGUUUCGAGUGUUUCACUUGCUUUUCUCAAGCGGCCGCAAAAAUGUGCGAUCCGCCUUAGUUGCCGUGGCAACCGGCGGGAUUUAAACCUGAGCCAACGACAGGUUUGGCUGAAAAAUUAAGGAAGGGUCAGAUGAGGGCGAAUGGUGGGUCAGAACCAGAACCAGAGAUGUGCCGUCGCAUGUCCGGAGGGUCCAUGAGGGCAACAACAAAGUCACGCUGCGAGUCACUGAAGUGGGUGCUGAAUAUCGGCUGAAACCCCGAUGACUUCUGGGUGAGCUCCACAGUUCCACCACGAGGGCUGCAGGUGUCGUCCUGCUUCCGCCGCCGCCGCGUGUUUCCCUCGAUUGUCCCUCCACCAGCUCAAGAGGAUUGCCACUGAUUAUGAACAAAGAGCCAACUGAGGUUAGCUGAUCCUCGCCCCCCGCUCGCCUCCCCCCGCCCUCCUUGCAUCCUGAAUGAAAACUUAUUGCCGUCCCCUCCACUGCAGCCUCUGAGGCAGGUUGUGGGCUCCCAUUAAUCCUGCUGCGCUUCGGAAAAGACUGGAUUACUUUUCCUCAGUUUGCAUGUCAGAAGGAUGGGCUUCUCAUGGGAGCUGGAUCAGGCGCCAGAUUGGAUGUGCAGUUGGGAUGUUCAAGUGCUUGUAAACGCUAUCAAAGCAAACAUUAUUAAUCAUCCGACUCUUUCGUCCAGCGAGUUGUAAUCACAUCCUCCUCUUCAGCUCCAACUUUCUUGGUCCAACUCUCCGCUCCACCAGCCAUCUGUCCUCCCUAACUCACCCCUCUGUCAAGACUCAUUUCUGAUCUUGUCCUUUAUAGUCUCUGACUCCUCUGACGUCACACUCUUCUCCACCCUGUCUCCACUCUCUUCUUCACCUUCACUCCUACAUCCUGGAUGACUGACCCUGAGUAUAUAUAUUUUUUUUUUUCGUUCCCCCCUCUCCCUCAUCUUCACCCUUCUUCCUGCCUAGAUUAGAGUGCCUUUGUUCUUCCCACCCGGUGGAAAGUUGGGUUGUUUUGGCAGCGUACAAACAUUAAAGACAUUAAAGACACAGUCCAAGCGACAACACAAACAAUUACUACUGUAUAGUCAACUAUAAUGGCUGAUGUUAUGGGACCAUCGCGAAACAAAAGGUUGAAAAUAUUUUCAUAAAGGACACAUCAAAGGACACACGCCUUUCACACCACGUUUUGAGCAAUUGAGAAAGGACCAUUCAACAAGACUUGAUAUAAAUCAACACCGUAGGUGCAAAGAAAAACACUAAAAUUAGCGUCAUAACAAAAGGAAAUAUACUUAAAAAUAAAUGAUAUCAUUUCAAAUAAAAUAGAAAUGACAAAAGAAUAAAAAAGCAGAGGUUAGUGAGUGACUGUAUCUUAGUAAUCUAGGACAGUAGCUGGUGAGAUUCAUGCCUUUCCUCGCUCAGCUGGUGAAACAAUACCAGAUUGUUUCCACGUUUCCUCCCUGACAAAGGCCUGGUGUCAGACUGGCCCGGGCCUGUUUGGGGCUCUCUCAGCUCCUGUGCUGCGUGUCCGAGCCUGAUCCUCACUGAUGGGAAGUCGGCUGAGCUGGCCGACGCUGUGACGGACGGUUACGGAUCAGCUGAUCCGGGAGGAGGAUCCCUGCGAUCUGCCGUCCUCUGUGAAAGACCUGCCUCAUAUUUGAGGGGUUGCGAAGGUUUCUGUCGUCCGUGGCAACACUGUUUGUAGUUGCUGGGUCUGUUUCUGUUUCCAGGGUUCUGGUUGCUCGUGUUGUGAUAAAUUGCUUUCACACUGAGCUGUGUGACACAACAGGCUGAAUGUAUGAUGCCGGCUGUGUGUCCCGGGAGAAGUGUGUUCCUCAUCCCUCUCUCGGUAGCUUCAUUUCAAGUGGCCUGCAGGUGGCAGUAAAACUCUCCUGCGCAGAAGUGAGUAUCAUUUCUAGUUCAGGUCAAAGGUCAUUGUGUGCACUGAGGGGCGCAGUCAUCUGACUUGUUUUGUUUUUAUUCAGCGCAUUAUUUACAUGAAUGAAUCGUGGAACAGCGAACAGCAGCAGCUGAGCUUCUCACCACUGACGGUCGUAUUGUAAUGGCUGAUCACUGACUUGGGAAGCAGGGCUUUUGCACACUGGUGCUUUUACCUCGUCUGGACUGGACCUGCUGGUGACGUUCUCGACGCAGAGGUCGACGUCUCUUCCAACAGACAUUGGUGCUGUGGAACCUUCAAGAAGGUCGUCCACGUGGAAGCUUCGGUGGACGGGCUCACAUCAGCAGGAAACAGCCACUUCCUCUGAGAGGUGCCGCUGCGGCAGGACCGGGUUUCUCUGCAGCGCUGCGUCGAACGUGGUGUCACCAAACACGCAGACACACACCAGCAGGCCUGGCUGGUGAACCUCCAGCUGCCGUCGUCUGAAGACAUGCCAAGUCCUCUUCAACGCACCGGGACCUCUGGUGUACGACCCCUCGGUGUGAGAGGGGAAGCUCCGCCUGACCUCUCUUCGUCCACAUGUGCUGCCUUUCAUGUUGUAGCUCGGAAACACCCUGCGCUGGCUGCUAGCAGCUGGAAGCGGCUCUGUUUUUCGAGGGUCACUGCAGGACAGUGUCCACGUGCUGCACAGUGAAGCUGGAGUGCGUCGCGUGAUCCAUCCAGUUCUGACUCCAGGAACUGCCUCCUGACUGGCAGGCACUGAUUUCCCAUACGGUGGUGAGCUGUCCCUCGACGGCUCUCCAGCCAGGUUCCCCUCAUCCUUCAUGUCAGGGCAGCAGCCUGAAGCCAAAGUUCAGGACGGAGCAUGACUCAGCGUCGAACUGGUUGGACGAGCGUGAGCCUCAAGUGAGAUCCCAAUUUUUAAUGAGGUGAACCUUCCAUCUGGGUGAAUUGUGAGUGGCUGUUUUGUGUUGCUAGCAGCGGCAGAGAAACGCUGAGAGUCAACCUGCUAAUGACUCAGCAUCCUCUGACCUUUAAUAAUUGAUGGCUAGCUUAGCAGAGCGUGUUGCAGAGUCUCCUGUGUGAAGUGAAGCGGCUUGUUAUCGUCUUACUGUCGCAGCUUUGUUGCUCCUUAUCUGCUGGUGUCUAACCCGAGGCCCGGGGGCUGAGCCUGGGACGGUGUUGCGUGAUUUCGGGGCAGGUCGGUCCCACGCUGUGGGUCGUGAGCGUAGCUCAUCUGAAGAUCUGACGUGAAGAAGCCGUAAUUCAUCCUGGGCUCAUGACUGAGUGACGGGCGUGUUGGAGCACGCUCAGGGAAUCUGUGUCCUCCAGGCAAAAGAUUAACCGUCACCAGCAGUGACGCUGACUCACUCUCUGUUGCGUCAGUGACGAGUCACCGCCGGCCGCUUCAUCUGACAGGUCCGUGUCUCCUCGCGGCCGAAGCUCCUCGACAAAGGCUCCGACUCAUCAAGGCUUUAGGAGUGCGAUCAGUCUGGACCACGGCUCAGCUGCAGCGCACGCCGUCACGCUCCAGAAUGUAGUUCACUGUGUCAAGUCCUGCUGAAAUAUUAACGCUCAGUCAGCAGGAACUCGUGCGAGCAUCUACAGCGCGGUGCAAGAUGGUGAUGUAAGGGCCUCCUCACUUUCUCUCAGCAGCUGCUGAAGACAGAGAGAACGGUGAGGAGCUUAUUCCAUGUGCUGGCAGCCUCCAGGACUCCAGACUCCAGGAAAGGCUUGAAAUGGCUUUCAGGAAGUGGCAAGGGACACCCUGGAAAGGUUGGCUGUCAUUUCAGUAGAACAGGGAUGUGAAGGAAAGUGGCGGAUGAUGAAUGUCCUCCACUUCAUCUCCUGGUCCAGCCAGGAUGAGGAGGUCUGUCAGUAAAAACUGUCACCAGGUCUGUCGAAGUGUAGGGCCCAGAAGCAGGGGACGCAGCAGGAAUGGAGUUUGACCACAGUGUUUGAUCCUAACUAGGGGAGUCACGGAUGGAGGGUGAAGACAAAACCAGACAGAAGUAGACUUGAUCCUGAUGAGACAAGACAAUGACUUGACUUAAGUUGGUGACAUGACUUGACUACGCUGUUGCUUAUUUCGAGACUUGACAGGACAAGACAAUGGUUUGACAUGAUUUGACCUAACUUGGCAAGACAGUGACUUGAGGGUGACUAGACAAGACGGGACUUGACCGACCUGACCUGACAUGGCAGAACAGUUUUAUGGCUUGACCUGCAGACGUGACUAAACUUGAGAGGACGCUGCUGACUUGAUGUGGAGACUUGACAGGGAAAGACGAGAUGACUUGACCAGACUGUUACUUGACUUGAGAUGGAGCCUGACUUCAUGUGGAGACUUGACUUGACAUGGAAAGACAAGAUGAUGUCUUGACUAGACGUGACGUGACCACGGACAUCUGACUAAACUAGACAACAAGAUGGAAACUUGACGGGGCAAGACAAGUUAGAACUCGACCCAACCCCUUGGAGACUGGACUGAACUGGAGGGCAAGCUGGUGAAGAGGCACCAACACUGGAAGACAGCAACAGAGGGGCAGAUGAAGGGGAACCAAAGCCACCAAGUGAAAUCGACGAAGGGACUGGAGGGGGCGGAGACUAGACAGACCAGGUGCACACAGGAAGACUAGUCUCACCCACCAAAAUAAAACAGGAAAUAAAGGAUGUUCAAACGAACAGAGGAACUGAAUAUAACUGGCGAAGCGUGACAGAAUCACGUUACAGAUGUUGAUGCUGAGGAGAUUUUACAACGUAGCUGAGAUGUAGCUGUCGUGUCUCAAGUUGGCCGACGGUCAGCCAGAGCUCAGGCUGCGGUUUAUCUUGAAAUGAAAUCCCCUUUUCGUUUCCUGACCUGAAAGGUUUCAAUCCGCUGGUGUGGCUGGGAUGUUUAGCGGCUCAGCAGAUGAUUGUCUGUGAGGACCACAGCUGCCAGCGCGAGCCGUCCUCUCGCUCUGUCCUCUGGCUCUGGUCUGUCUGCUGAACUAAAUAAGCAUUCAGCCAUGUUGCUUGUUUGGGAGUCAAACUCUCCCUCUGGAGAGGAGUCGCUCAGUUUAACCCAUAUUUCUUAAACUCAAGCCCAGAAGUGGGUUGUUUCACUGGCCAGUGCGGCGGGAAGUAAGAGGAUUGUGGACGUAUGGAAAUGGGGACAGAGAAGAGGUGACUAAGUGAGAGAGACAGAUGCACAUGAGGCUGCAGCCGAGCAUCCUUCAUCCCUCCCAUCUCUCCGUCUCUCCUCUCCCUCGCUCGCUCUCUGCAGCCGCUGACUGGAAUUCCGACAUUCACAGAGCGGAACGGCUCAGCUCAGUGGAAGAGCCUCCGUCUGAAUGAAUCCAUUCUAGGUCCUCUCUCCGGAUGUUUUCCUGCCUGGAUACGGCCGCACACGGGCUGGGGUCAGGCCCGCUGGAUCCAUGGUUCAGAGCUUGAUCAUGGGUCGGGGUGAGUCCUGGGGCGGCCGAGGAAACUGGGUCAGGACCAGCCGGCUUUGUUGACGGAUGCCGGUCUGGAGCCGGGAGGAUGGGGUGCACCACCAGCACGGUGGUGAUCGACGGGCUGCGGACGGUUCUGGAGCGGAACUGCAGCGGCUACAUCUGUAAGGGAGCAGCGGAGCCCGUGGGGCCGUCGGAGGUGGAGCGAGCGUUGAGUCGGAGAGAGUCGCGUGUGGUCCCGACCCCAAGAGUCCUGAAGGUGAAGCCCAAGGUGAUCGAACCUCUGGACUAUGAAAAUGUGCUGGUGCAGAGGAAGACGCAGAUCCUCAGUGACGUCCUCAGGGACAUGCUGCAGUUCCCGCUGGAGGACUUCGAGAUUUCAACCUUGCGGCGUCAAGGCAGGAGUCUCCACCCCACCGUGCCUGAGAACGCAGAGAGAGACGCUCAGAGUCUGUUUGUCCAAGAGUGCAUCAAGACCUACAAGAGCGACUGGCACGUGGUCAACUACAAGUACGAGGACUACUCCGGAGACUUCCGACAGCUUCCAAACAAAGUGUCUCGUCCCGAGAAGCUGGCGGUCCACGUCUUCGAGGUGGACGAAGACGUCGACAAAGAUGAGGACACAGCGUCUCUGGGGUCGCAGAAGGACGGGAUCACCAAACACGGCUGGCUUUAUAAAGGCAACAUGAACAGUGCCAUCAGCGUUACAAUGAGGUCUUUCAAGCGGCGAUACUUCCACCUCACGCAGCUGGGCGAUGGCUCUUACAACCUCAACUUCUACAAGGAUGAGAAGAUUUCCAAAGAACCCAAAGGAACCAUUUUCCUGGACUCCUGCAUGGGCGUCGUUCAGAACAACAAGGUUCGAAGGUUUGCCUUUGAGCUGAAGAUGCAGGAUAAGAGCGCCUACCUGCUGGCCGCCGACAGCGAAGCCGAGAUGGAGGACUGGAUCAACACACUCAACCGCAUCCUGCACAGCAGCUUUGAGAUCGCCAUGCAGGAGAAGAGGAACGGAGACGCCCAUGAUGAUGACGAUCUUGGGAAGUCGGACAGCUCCUCUGCCGGAAGCAUGGACAGCUUCCAGAGCACCAGAGACAUUGAGUCUCGGAUGAGGAGCGAAACCCGGCUGAAGCUGUUCACGCUCGACCCGGACACUCAGAAACUAGAUUUCUCAGGGAUUGAACCGGACGUGAAGCAGUUUGAGGAGAAGUUCGGCAAGCGGGUUCUCAUCAACUGCAAUGACCUUUCAUUCAACCUGCAGUGCUGCGUGGCGGAGAACGAAGAAGGACCCACCACUAACGUGGAGCCCUUUUACGUCACCCUCUCGCUGUUUGACAUCCAGAACGGCCGAAAGAUCUCCUCGGACUUCCACGUGGAUCUCAACCACCCGUCCGUCCGUGGCAUGACGCCCUCCCACGACAGUGUUUAUAUCAACGGCGGCGGGGAGGCUCGUCCUGAGGGGCCGCGCUUGGUUCAUGGGGUCCCUGAGACCAUCCUGCAGUACCCCAGACUGGGGGUGUUCUCUGUCACCUGUCCCCACCCUGAUAUUUUCCUGGUGGCCCGAAUAGAGAAAGUCCUGCAGGGUGGGAUCAACCACUGCGCCGAGCCGUACAUGAAGAGCUCCGACUCCACCAAGGUGGCGCUGAAGGUCUUGAAAAAUGCCAAGCUGGCGUGCAGCCGGCUGGGACAAUACCGAAUGCCGUUCGCCUGGGCAGCAAGACCGUUGUUCAAGGACGCUUCAGGGGCUCUGGAUAAAAGCGCUCGAUUCUCGGCUCUGUACCGCCAGGACAGCAACAAACUGUCCAACGAGGACAUGCUGAAACUGCUGGCCGACUUCAGGAAGCCGGAGAAGAUGGCCAAACUGCCCGUGAUCCUGGGAAACCUGGACGUCAUCAUCGACAACGUAGCCCCCGACUUGACGAAUUGCGUUACCUCAUCCUACAUUCCUGUGAAGCAGUUGGACGCGAGCGAGAAGAGCGGCAUCUUCUUUGAAGUGGAGGAGUUUGUGCCCUGCAUCGCCAAGUGCUCUCAGCCUUUCACCAUCUACAACAAUCACCUCUACGUCUACCCCCGCCACUUGAAGUACGACAGCCAGAAGAGUUUCGCCAAGGCUCGGAACAUUGCAGUCUGCAUCGAGUUCAUGGACUCUGAUGAGGAGGACGCCGUCCCACUCAAGUGCAUCUACGGGCGACCCGGAGGACCCUUGUUUACCAAAAAUGCCUUUGCUGCAGUAUUGCAUCACCAGCACAACCCGGAAUUCUACGACGAGUUUAAGAUCGAGCUCCCGACUCAGCUGCACGAGAAGCAUCAUCUGCUCUUCACCUUCUACCACGUCAGCUGCGAGAGCAACAGCAAGGCCAGCACCAAGAAGCGAGACCAGGUGGAGAUGCAAGUGGGCUACGCCUGGCUCCCCCUGCUGAAGGACGGCCGGGUCAUCAUGAAUGAGAGUCAAAUUCCCGUCGCUGCCAACCUGCCUGGAGGCUACCUUAGCUGCCAGGAGGGAGCGGGCAAGCAUUCCAGCCCAGAGGUCAAAUGGGUGGACGGCGGGAAGCCUUUGUUCCGGGUGUCCACUCACCUGGUGUCCACCAUCUACACUCAGGAUCAGCAUUUGCACAAUUUCUUUCACCACUGUCAACUGAUGUCGUCGUCAGCUCAGGUGUCUGGAGGAGAGCUGGUCAAGUACCUGAAGAGUCUGCAUGCCAUGGAGAGCCACGUGAUGAUCAAGUUCCUGCCCACCAUCUUGAAUCAGCUCUUCAGAGUGUUGACCAGCGCCACGCAGGAGGACGUGGCGGUCAACGUUACUCGAGUGAUGAUCCAUGUCGUGGCUCAGUGCCACGAAGAAGGUCUGGAGCACUAUCUCAGGUCCUACGUGAAGUUCGUGUUCAAGACCGAGCCGUACACGUCCAUCUCGGCCCGCACCGUCCACGAAGAGCUGGCCAAAGCCAUGACUGCCAUCCUGAAGCCUUCCACCGACUUCCUUACGAGCAACAAGCUGUUGAAGUACUCCUGGUACUUCUUUGAGGCCUUAGUCAAGUCCAUGGCUCAGUACUUGAUCGAGAGCUGCAAGGUGAAGCUGUCGAGGAAUCAGCGCUUCUCUGCGUCCUUCCACCACACGGUGGAGACCCUGGUCAACAUGAUGAUGCCACACAUCACACAGAAGUACAAAGACAAUCUGGACGCCGCCAGAAACGCCAACCACAGCAUGGCCGUCUUCAUCAAGCGCUGUUUCAACCUGAUGGACCGAGGAUUCGUCUUCAAGCAGAUCAACAACUACAUCAACUGCUUCAUGCCUGGAGACCCAAAGACGCUGUUUGAGUUCAAGUUUGAGUUCCUGCGUGUCGUGUGCAACCACGAGCACUACGUCCCUUUAAACCUCCCCAUGCCUUUUGGGAAAGGAAGGAUCCUCAGGUUUCAAGACCUGCAGAUGGAUUACUCGCUGACAGACGACUUCUGCAAGAACCACUUCCUGGUCGGGCUGCUCCUCAGGGAGGUCAGCGCGUCCCUGCAGGAGCUCAGGGAGAUACGCCAGAUUGCCAUCCAGGUCCUGAAGAACCUGAUGAUCAAGCACACCUUCGACGACCGCUACACCUCCAAAAGCCAGCAGGCCCGGAUGGCCACCCUCUACUUCCCCCUGUUCGGUCUGCUGCAGGAGAACGUCAACCGGCUCAACGUGAAAGAAGUGUCACCGGUGGCUGUCAACCACCUACACAAUAACGGACGGGAUGAUCCACUCCUCAGCAGUGUUCUGAUGACGCCGCCCCGGUCCAGCACCUUCCUGGACACCAGUUUGCACAAAGACGUUUUCGGAGUCAUUUCCGGCACCUCGCCUCACACCUCGUCCACCCCCAACAUUAACUUGGUUCGCCACGCCGACUCCCGGGGCUCCCUCGUCAGCACCGACUCCAGCAACAGCCUGUCGGAGAAGAACAAUGAGAAGAGCAACUCUCUGGACAAGCACGGCUCCACCCUGGGCAGCGCCCUGCUUCGCUGCGACAAACUGGAGCAGUCAGAGAUCAAGAGUUUCCUCAUGUGUUUCCUGCACGUGCUGAAGAGCAUGUCCGAAGACGCUCUCUUCACGUACUGGAACAAAGCUUCGCCCUCUGACCUCAUGGACUUCUUCACUCUGGUCGAGGUUUGUCUCCAUCAGUUCAGAUACAUGGGGAAGCGCUACAUAGCAAGGCACCAGGAGGGGGCAGGACCCAUCGCUCACGAGCGCAAGGCUCAGACUCUGCCUGUGUCCCGUAACAGAGCGGGGAUGAUGCACACGCGCCUGCAGCAGCUCAGCAGCCUGGACAACUCCUACACCUUCAACAACUCCUACAGUCACUCUGACGCCGACGUGCUGAACCAGUCGGUGCUGGAGGCCAACAUCGCCACCGAAGUCUGCCUGACCGUCCUGGACACCCUCAGCAUCUUCAUCAUGGGAUUCAAGACCCACCUGUGCUCCGACCACGGCCACAGCCCGCUCAUGAAGAAGGUCUUCGAAGUCCACCUGUGUUUCCUGAGGAUCAAUCAGUCGGAGACGGCUCUGAAGCAGGUCUUCACGUCACUGCGGACCUUCAUCUACAAGUUUCCCUGCACGUUUUUCGAAGGCCGUGCCGACAUGUGCGCUGCCUUCUGCUACGAGAUCCUGAAGUGCUGCAACUCCAAGCUCAGCUCCAUCCGCAGCGAUGCAGCUCACCUGCUCUACUUCCUCAUGAAGAGCAACUUUGACUACACUGGCCGGAAGUCCUUCGUCCGGACACACCUGCAGGUUGUGAUCGCCGUCAGUCAGCUGAUCGCUGAUGUCAUCGGUAUCGGCAGCACUCGCUUCCAGCAGUCCCUGUCCAUCAUCAACAACUGUGCCAACAGCGACAAAACCAUCAAGAACACAGCCUUCCCCUCCGACGUCAAGGACCUGACCAAGCGCAUCCGGACGGUGUUGAUGGCCACGGCUCAGAUGAAGGAGCACGAGCGCGACCCGGAGAUGCUGGUGGACCUGCAGUACAGUCUGGCCAAGUCGUACGCCAGCACCCCGGAGCUGAGGAAGACCUGGCUGGACAGCAUGGCUCGCAUCCAUGUCAAGAACGGAGACCUUUCAGAGGCUGCCAUGUGCUACGUUCACGUCGCAGCACUCGUCGCAGAGUAUCUCCGCAGAAAAGGCAUGUUCAAGCAGGGCUGCACUGCCUUCCGAGUCACCACCCCGAACAUCGACGAGGAGGCAGCCAUGAUGGAGGACGUGGGCAUGCAGGACGUCCACUUCAACGAGGACGUCCUGAUGGAGCUGCUGGAGGAGUGCGCCGACGGUCUGUGGAAAGCCGAGCGCUAUGAGCUGAUAUCCGACGUCUACAAGCUCAUCAUUCCCAUCUACGAGAAGCGCCGGGACUUUGAGAAACUGGCGCACCUCUACGACACGCUGCAUCGCGCCUACAGCAAGGUGACGGAGGUCAUGCACACGGGGAAGCGGCUGCUGGGCACCUACUUCAGAGUGGCCUUCUUCGGUCAGCAGUACCAGCUUACUGACUCAGACUUUGAGGGCUUCUUUGAGGAUGAGGAUGGAAAAGAGUACAUCUACAAAGAGCCCAAGUUCACCCCUCUGUCGGAGAUCUCCCAGCGACUGCUGAAGUUGUACUCAGACAAGUUUGGUCCAGAGAACGUCAAGAUGAUCCAGGACUCUGGGAGGAUCAACCCCAAAGACCUGGACUCCAAGUACGCCUACAUCCAGGUGACGCACGUCACGCCCUACAUGGACGAGAAGGAGCUGGCCGACCGGAAGACGGAGUUCGAGAAGAGCCACAACAUCCGCCGGUUCGUGUUCGAGAUGCCCUUCACGAUAUCGGGCAAGAAGCAGGGCGGCGUGGAGGAGCAGUGCAAGCGGCGGACCAUCCUGACCACCACGCACUGCUUUCCCUACGUGAAGAAACGGAUCGCCGUCAUGUACCAGCACCACACGGACCUCAGCCCCAUCGAGGUGGCCAUCGACGAAAUGAGCAAGAAGGUGGCCGAGAUCAAGCAGCUGUGCUCAUCCAGCGAGGUGGACAUGAUCCGCCUGCAGCUCAAACUGCAGGGCAGCAUCAGCGUGCAGGUGAACGCAGGGCCGCUGGCCUAUGCCCGGGCUUUCCUGGAUGACACCGGCGCCAAAAAGUACCCUGACAACAAGGUCAAGCAGCUGAAGGAGGUGUUCAGGCACUUCGUGGAGGCCUGCGGCCAGGGCCUGGGCAUCAACGAGCGGCUGAUCAAAGAGGACCAGCAGGAGUAUCACGACGAGAUGAAGGCCAACUACCGAGACCUGGCGCGGGAGCUCUCCAUCAUCAUGCACGAGCAGAUCAACCCCGUGGAGGACGGGAUGAAGAGCCUCCUCCCCGACUCCAUCCACAUCUUCAACGCCAUCAGUGGAACCCCGAGCGGCGCCACCAUCCAGGGCAUCCCCAGCUCUUCUUCUGUGGUUUGACUUCUCGGCCAAAUCUUCCCGACGUUUCAGGGCGACUUGUGUGUGUGUGUGUGUGUGUGUGUGUGUGUGUGUGUGUGUGUGUGUGAGGAAGGAAGCCAGGGCUCAUCCAUAUGCAUGCAUUACAUCACGGCCACCACUCCCGUCCGCUGUCACGUUGUCUUGUCCUCUGUACAGUCACCCUUUUUUAUAGCAGCCGCACACUCGUGUACUUACAUUUGUAUGAAUCGGCGCCCCUCUUUUGACUCCGGGGACCCAUUUAAAGCCACUUGUUUAUUGGUGUAUAUAGAAGCGUGCAAUAUUUUCAAGUCUGUUGCUGUGUGGAGCUCAAACACUGUAAGAAACGGCCCUCUUGCCAAAGAGAACAAACAGCUACUGUGGAAGCUUUUUAUAUGUUUUUUUUAUUUUAUUUAAAGUCACUGUUCUGCUGUAAACUCCCAAAUGCUUUUCAUUAAUAAAACACUAAUAUUGGC